AGAGAACUUGAUUGCCCCUCCAAAUCUUUAAACUCAAUUCCAGUCGAAUCUUCUUAAACUUGUUAAAGUUUCUGUUUAAGUAAGACUUCUUUUUUCUUACUCGGCGAACAUCUUAUAUAUCUACGAAAAAGACAACCAUAAGCAUCAAUACCUUAUCCCCACAUACCCCUACCAUCCUAUCUUGCGCUGCUUGAUCAGGUUCAUCGAUCAGGUCAGUCCGCGACGGACAGAGUCGCAUUCAGGUCAUACGGCACCACUGCGUGUGCAAAUAACAAAUAAGAAAAAUAGAAAAGUAGGACUACCUACUUAGGUACUUACUUAGGUAGCAAGAUACGCGACUGAGGUUCGCCAAGGUGUGUUGCGCAGUGUGGUGGAUAUUGUUUAAGCCACUCACGAAAAAGAGGCCCCGCGCAUCUUCUAUUACCAUCGAUAUAAUACGCUGCUUUUCCGGACUGGCUCCCCUCCUGUCGUCAUAGCCCGAAGGUCCGCUGCAAGCGCUACAAGCCAUUGCCCAACAUCAUUACGUCGACAUCAUAUACCGCCAUCUUCUACAUUCUCCCAUCAGUUUCAAUUCUUGCGAAUAUCAUUUACUUAUUCAUUUAUUUGAUUUACUUCGUUUUAUUUUGUAAUAUCCUUUUUACUAUAUUAUACCAAUUAUACCAAUCAAGAAAUGUCGAAUAGAAGGUUGGUGGAUGAGGAUUUGGCCUACGGGGAGUCGUACGGCGGUGGUGGUGGUGGUGAGAGGUGGGACAGGAGUCGUUUCGCUCUUGAGAGCGACCGCAAUCGACCAGUUGCAGAAAGGGAUCGCUUCGAGGAACGCGACCGUUUAGUCACUCGCGGCCCGGGUGGAAGAAUCCGUGAAGCUUCCGUCGAUGAACGAUUUGAACGAAGACCACCGCGACCCUGGGAUGAUGAUUAUCCCCGCGAGAAAAGAUACUACGAUGAAGGCCCACGCUUUCGGCGCUCUCCGCCUCCCGAGGUAGAGCGCCUCGUCAUCGACCGCGAAAGAGACCGUGAACGAGAACGGGGCCGUGAAUUUCGCAUGCCAUCUCCCCCACGACGACCCGGACAAUUGAUACGUCGACAGUCGUCUCUCGACACAUUUGAUCGGCGCCCACCGCCACGAUUUUUCGAAAGGGAUGAAUAUGAACCCCGUCGCGAACCCCGCCCUGACCCAUACAAGGUCGUCCCUCUUCCGCGAUCAAGGGCUCUACCUCCACCAAGGAUAUAUGCUGAGCGAGACAUCGACGAAAUCAGGAUAUCCGAGCCCGAUCGCUACGGCGACGAUGAAUACCGUGCAUACCCCGAGCGCGUCCGUGAGAUGGAGGUGGUUAGAUCGAGAAGACGGCACGACUCGAGAGAUAGGCAUCGCGGCAGCGUCCGAAGUGGCAGUAUCGAUUCGGACGACUCGAGCAGUAGUAGCGGGGGCACUACCAUCACCGUCAAAAGUGCGAAAAGUGCUAAGAGUGUUAAAAGCACCAAGAGCGAGUACCCUAAGAAAGGAAAGACGAGGAUACCAGUCCGACUUGUUCACAAGGGGGCUCUCAUCGACCUGGGCUAUCCAUUCAUCGAAGAGGGUAAUGUCAUCAUCGUGCAAAAAGCUCUCGGACAGCAGAAUAUCGAUGACUUGCUGAAGAUAAGCGAAGAGUAUAAGAAAGCCGAUCAAGAGAUAUUUGCUGCUCGAUCGGUUCCUGGCGAUGUUGUUGAAGAAAGAAAAGAAGUCUUCACCAUUCCGCCACCGCCCGUAGCUGCACCACCUCCCCCGUCAAUCGUACAUACCGCAGCACCCGUCGUUUCUCCUCCGCCAGCACCUGUUGAGGUUGUCAAUCAGACAUUCAUCCGUGAGGCCUCACCUGCGCGCACUGCUCGUACCCAUCGCAGUCAUUCCACCUCCACUACACGCACGCCUGUUAUUAUCGAGCCGCGAGAAUAUCCAUACGAAUACAGUGAAGAAGUCCCCGUCGGACCCCUUGCAUUAAUCAGCGAUGACCGACGUCGUUCCGAUCGGGAAAUCAAGAUGGAAAUUGCACAGCUCGAAGCGGAGCGCGACCUCCUAAAGGCCGAGCGACGACACCACCAUCACUCCCACUCGCGACAUCGAUCUCACAGCCACAGUACCAACCGCGAAUUGGUAUCAGCCGAACGUCUACCAACCGGUGAACUCGUCUUGUACGAAGAACAAGUGGAGAAGGUCGAGGAGCCGCGGCGCGGGGUGCGCAUCGAGAAGGACAAGAAAGGUCCCCCACCUGGUUUGGUGAGAGCUAUGCUUGCGACUCUUACUUAGUCGCUUUAUUGUCUUUGCGAGGUGUUAAGUGUUCGAUGGCGAUGGCGAUGGCGAUGGCGCUAAAGGUUCAAAAGCGGACCACGGCCGCGAUUUCUAGCAGCCCCGGCUUCAGGUCCCAAUAUGGUUGCCAAAAACUAGUCUCGAUUUACAUCGAGCUUAUUGUUCACGAGAUUUUUUCAAUAUUGGUGUGUGGCGUUACAAUGCGUUUGUUUCACAUGUUUAUACUAUCAGGUAUACUAUCAGGAUGGGUCAAGGAAGCGUUUAGGUUGGGUACAAUUAAGCGCGAGGCUGGUCUCGUCUUUUGAUUCUAGUUAGAUCACAGGUACGAGGACCACGUUCGUCGAGCUGGAUUCAUUGGUUUGAUUAUCAUUCUAGUCGCAUUCUUCACAGGAUGGCUUCGUGAUAGUAGCGCGAGUCGUAACGACGUAACGACUUAAUGUUCAUGUUUUUUCCUUGACAGAUAAGCUAUUUAUAUACUUCAAUAUAUAUAUGUACUUAUCUCAUAUAUGGCAAGUCGCUUAUCUCGAGCGUGACGUCGCGCAAGGUAGAUUUACGAUCAUCUUCGUAACCCACAAUCCGAUACUAUCAAAGAGCUCCUACACCAAUUCCA